ACAAAAAAAGAUGGUAGGCCAGAUUUGGCCCAUAGGCCAAAGUUUACUGACCCCUGCUUUAGAGAACCAAUUAAGCAUAUAUAUAUAUCUGUCUCCCCUUUGGACUAUUCAGACCUUCUUGUAUCUCCAGUGUCUUAUUCAGAGUCAGCUGCACAGUAGGCACUCAAUACAGACUUGUUGAGUGAAUGGAUGAAUGAAUGAUGGAACAGGAGCCUGAACCCCUGUGGGGAAUGAAGCCAGAAACCUGUAUGCCUCAUUUGCCACCUUUCUUCAUCAGACUUCUUUUCUCAGAUGUGCUAAGGUGUCACAUGGAGCCAUAUGAUUUGAACCAUGUAGGAAAAUACAGCUCAAGAGUAACAAACAGCUAGACUGGGUUUGAAUCCCAGCUCUGCCACUUACUAGCUGUGUGACCUUGAACAAAUCACCUCUCCUCUCUGAACCUCAGUUUCUUUAUCUAUAAAUGAGGAGGCAAAUAAUACCUGUCCUAGUGGUUUGUCUCUCCAAGCCCUGGAAAGAAGAAAGGCAGGGUUCUUCCAAAAUAAACCCAAGGUUUCUGGGGUGCUUAAAGUUGCUCCUGAAACCUAGUCUUAUCUUUUGGCCCCUUGAGAAGCAGCCCAGAUGUUCUGAUGCUCUGUCUCUAUGUCCCAACAAUUCUUGGCAAUGAUCUUAUAAGUGGUCUGUCAUGCAAAGAGGGGAAGGAAACAGCUUGAGUCUCAGGAAGGAUAAAGGAGAGUGAAAUGACUCUGGGGUAAGUAGCAGAGUAAUUUCAACAGAAAAGCCUAGAUUUCACUAGCCAAAGGAAAAUGCGUAGGACCGUAGGACCGGAGGUGGGGAAGGAAGUGGCUGAGGUUGGGUAACUGCGGAGUUUCUUAUUCUUUCAGUCUACUAUAAUAGGAUACAUGACAGCAGGAUACCUCCUGCUUAAAGCCUGACUGUCCACCAGAAAGGACUGCUCUUUGGCCUCCAUCAUGUGGAACACCUCUGACGCCAACUUCUCCUGCUACCACCAGUCUGUGCUAGGCUAUCGUUAUGUUGCAGUUAGCUGGGGCGUGGUGGUGGCUGUGACAGGCACUGUGGGCAAUGUGCUCACUCUACUGGCCUUGGCCAUCCAGCCCAAGCUCCGUACCCGAUUCAACCUGCUCAUUGCCAACCUCACACUGGCUGAUCUCCUCUACUGCACCCUUCUCCAGCCCUUCUCUGUGGACACCUACCUCCACCUGCACUGGCGCACUGGUGCCACCUUCUGCAGGUUAUUUGGACUCCUCCUUUUUGCUUCCAAUUCUGUCUCCAUCCUUACCCUCUGCCUCAUUGCACUGGGACGCUACCUCCUCAUUGCCCACCCUAAGCUCUUUCCCCAAGUUUUCAGUGCAAAGGGCAUAAUGCUGGCACUGGUGGGCACCUGGGUUGUGGGUGUGGCCAGCUUUGCCCCCCUCUGGCCUAUCUAUAUCUUGGUUCCUGUAGUCUGCACCUGCAGCUUUGACCGCAUCCGAGGCCGGCCUUACACCACCAUCCUCAUGGGCAUCUACUUUGUGCUUGGGCUCAGCAGUGUUGGCAUCUUCUAUUGCCUCAUCCACCGCCAGGUGAAACGAGCAGCACAGGCGCUGGACCAAUACAAGCUGCAACAGGCAAGCAUCCGCUCCAACCAUGUGGCUGGGACAGAUGAGGCCAUUCCUGGUCGUUUCCAGGAGUUGGACAGCAGGAUAGCAUCAGGAGCUCCCAGUGAGGGGACUUCAUCUGAACCAGUCAGUGCUGCCACCACCCAGACCCUGGAAGGGGACUCAUCAGAAGUGGGAGACCAGAGCAACAGCAAAGUAGCUAAGCAGAUGGCAGAGAAAAGCCCUCCAGAAGCAUCUGCCAAAGCCCGGCCCACUAAAGGAGCCCGAAGAGCUCAGGAAUCUUCAUCAGAGUUUGGAAAGGUUACUCGAAUGUGUUUUGCUGUGUUCCUCUGCUUUGCCCUGAGCUACAUCCCCUUCUUGCUACUCAACAUCCUGGACGCCAGGGUCCAGGCUCCCCGGGUUGUCCACAUGCUUGCUGCCAACCUCACCUGGCUCAAUGGAUGCAUCAACCCUGUGCUCUAUGCAGCCAUGAACCGCCAAUUCCGCCAAGCAUAUGGCUCCCUCAUAAAACGAGGGCCCCAGAGUUUCCGUAGGCUUCGUUAGAACUGCGUCGCCAGUCACCAGAACCCAGAACUGUUUCCUGCAGAACCAAAGUGGCCAGCUGAUACGAGAACAGGUGAAAGCAAGACCUGUGGGCAUUUUCACAGACAACCUCUCCCCACUCCCAAACCAGUGUCUUUGUCCCUUAAUCAAUGUUUCAGCCCUAGGCUGCCUAAGGAGUAUUAUUGAUUAUUAAUAAAUGAAUUAUAUGCUUUUAA